UAACACAGCAAUGUUAACAGCUUGCUCGUAGUUAGUGAACUUUUCUCACAUGUCCUGAAGAGAGACACCGUGUACAGGUACAAGGAUAUGGCGCUGAAUGUUAGUACGCUAUUCUGGUCGCCUGUGUUACAGCUAUUACUACUGGUCAUCUCCUGUAUGGUCAGUGAUGGCCAGUCUGUGGAGGUUUCCACGACCCUUGGUCAGAUCCGAGGGUUCAGCACGACUCUAGACGACGGUACCGUCCUGAACACCUUCCUCGGCGUGCCCUUCGCGGCACCCCCGACCGGGGACCGGAGGUUCCGCCCUCCUCAGCCGCACGAGGGUUGGACCGACGUCCGUGACGCCACAAGGUUCGGGCCGGCAUGUCUACAGUACCCAAGGGGGACAACAACGUCAGUCACCUCCUACGACCCUAGUCUGGACGACGUCAAUGUUUCUGAAGACUGCCUGAACUUGAACGUGUAUGGUCCACAGGUGUCGGACGGUGAGGGGUUGCUUCCCGUCAUGCUCUACAUCCAUGGCGGCGCACACGUUACCGGAGCCAACAAGUUGCAUGACGGGAGUUUACUGGCACAGAGAAGAGUGGUCGUCGUCAUCACAAACUAUCGCCUUGGCGCUCUAGGAUUUUUCAGCACCGGAGAUUCUAGCGCCGCAGGGAAUUAUGGGAUGUUGGACCAACUCGAAGCCAUGAAAUGGGUCCGCGCGAACAUCCGGGCAUUUGGAGGCAGCCCCGAUCGUGUGACCAUAUUUGGUGAGAGUUCAGGGGCAGCGAGUACAUCUCUACACCUGGUAUCUCCGCUCAGCAGAGACUAUUUCUAUCAAGCCAUUCUACAGAGCGGAGCCUCUACCAGUCCCUGGGCCGUCUUACUGCCGGAGUACGAACCUCAGAAGUACACGGAGGAGCUGGCAAAGCAGAUGAGCUGUAGUACGCAGAAGCCGUACCCGAUGUCGUCUGCUGCCUGGGCUCCUGUUGUGGACGGCCCCGGCGGUUUCCUGCCCGCCCGACCGUGGGACUUACUGGCACAGGACCGGUUCACCAAGGUCCGCCUCAUGGCGGGAUGUACCAGGGACGAGCGGUCCGGAGACCUGGCAAACAUUCCUGGAGUAGAGAAUGGAGUAAGCAGAGACCGUUUCAUUGCCGACCUGGCGGAGUUCGUGAGACGGUACCCGGCAAACAGGGACUUCCUUUCCGACGCCCUUCUGCACGGCUACACGGACUAUGAAGCCAUCGACGAUCCUAUCUCCAACAGAGAUAACUACGUACAGUUCCUGUCAGACUAUCGGUACGUCGCGCCGGUGGAGGAGGUGUUACUGAGAAUGUCGGCAGGGGGCGUUUCAACCUACAAGUACAGCUUCGCUUAUCAACCCAUCCCCGACAGAUAUCCCUCGUGGCAAGGAGUACCCCAUGCGGCAGAACUACGCUUUCUCUUCAACAUGCCAACUCGGUUUGUGGACGGCGCGCCCACAGCAGCUGACCUGGACAUGCAGGACAAGAUGGUCACACUGUGGACCAACUUCGCCAAGACAGGGAAUCCUACGCCAUCUCCUAUCGGCGGAGUCACGUGGCAGCCGUUCACCAAUGAGAACAGAUCCCAUCUGGUGAUUGACGGGCCGCUGUCGAAUGGGCGGUUCCUCCAGACCAGGCGCAUGGAACUCUGGAACAACGUCAUCCGGAAAAUGGCGGAAACGGACACCUGUCCGAACGACGGAGUGACCGGAAACGGAAACACGGUUUCCGCUACUGUAUCCAUAGUUUUCGUGACGUCUCUUCUGUUAGUUGUACUGAGAGAAGCAGAGACAGCGUCUGUCGGUCACAAAGACUCCCCACAGCGCGACCCGGCUUGUUUACGGCCAAGUACACGGACCACAUCACGGAACUGUGUCUUUUAAAAACAGCACAAGACUUUAUCUAAAUUUAAGAUGAAGUGGAGACAAGUUUGGGCGGCCACGUUGCUUGUAACGUGUUUUACGUGCACUGCGAACGCAGUGGUGCUCGGCAAUGAGGAGGUGGUCACGCCGAGAAUCAUCGUCCAACCGGAGGACAUCGUGUACGACCCGUCCUCCUCCACCCAGCGGGUCACGCUGAACUGCAGGGGGGAGGGCAUCCCCGCGCCGCAGUACCGCUGGAGGAAGAACGGACAGGAGCUCAACGUACAGGCGGAUGAAAGGCUGACGCUGAUUGGUGGAAACCUGGUGAUUGACAGCCCACAGAAGGACCGUGAUGCAGGACUGUACGAGUGUCUGGCCUUUAAUGACCUCGGCAUUGUGGUCAGCAGGCCGAGCAACCUCACGUUUGCCUUUGUGGAACGGUUUUCGACGGACCCACGACCCGGCAUGACUGUACUGGAGGGACACGGGGCCAGACUGGUGUGUAGCCCGCCAGAGGGACAUCCCGGACUGGUGUUCCAUUGGGUGAAGACUCAGUUCCCGAGUUUCGUGGAUCAGGACGACCGCGUGUUCGUGUCGGAGACCUCGGGGGACCUGUACUUCGCGCAGGUGACGGAGUCUGACGCCGGGCAGUACCACUGUCUGGUGCAGAGCUCCACCGACCACUCGCCGCUGAACGAGAUCAACAUAGAGGGCCGCUACAGUCCGCCUAUCACCCUCAGGGUCACCAGGAGACCGCCAGGCCAGGUGGCGCCCCAGCUCGCUGUGUCCGAGAGGAGCGUGUCGGCUCUGCGGGGAACGACCGUCAGAAUGGAGUGCUUCGCGUACGGAAAUCCAGUUCCGCGGAUCAGCUGGAGGCGUCUGGACCAGUUCGGAGUGGAGAUGCCUCUCCCGUCUAACCACUACCUGGACAAGUGGAACCAGGCUCUCAUCAUCACCAAACUGGACCUGCAGGACGCGGGGUUCUACGAGUGUACGGCCGCCAGCUCUAGCGGCACCGCCUCGGGUUCCACACAACUCAUCGUGCAAGGUGUUCCCCAGUUUCUGCAGGGUCUGUCCAGUCAGCAUGUAGAGCUGGGCGGCAGGGCGCACUGGGAGGUCCGCACUGACGGGGACUACACCGUGUCGUAUACAUGGCUGCACAACGGACAGGUUCUGAAUGGAGGCGGAAGAGUGGCGUUGGCUAGUUCCGGUUCCACUGCCUCGCUGAGCAUUUCGGGAUUGCGCGCGGAGGACAGCGGCGUUUACCAGUGUGUGGCGUUCAACCAAUGGGGGAGGGCGAACAGUGCUGCAGAACUCAGGGCAGAAGAUGAGGCGCCAUCAUUCGGACUGCGGCUUCUCCCAGAAAUCAUUGCGUCAGCUGGGGGAGCGGUGGUCUUCAAUAUGCGCAUGCGCGGAGUGCCGGUGCCGACGGUCACGUGGAAGAAGAACGGAGCAAACGUGCAGCUUGGAGGAAGGUUCUCAGUGUUGGAUGGAGGUAGUCUGAGGAUCACAGGUGUUCAGCUGUCUGAUGGAGGCAUGUACACCUGUCAGCUGACCAACCGGGUGGGAGCAGCCACCAGCACAGCUACACUGACAGUACAAGACGGAUCCUCACGGUCUAGUGGCGACCCCUCGCGGCUGACGGUGGAUUACCAGCAGGACGGGACCCUCCCGUGCUCCACUAGCGGCAGCUCCUCUUCAGACGUCAUCAAAACCUGGUUUCACAACGGCCACCGCGUCGACCUGUCCAGCGACCACUACGUCAAGGAUUCAGACGGCUCCUUGAAGAUCCUACGGGCGACCAAAGUGAUGGAGGGCACGUAUGUGUGCUCUGUGGAGACCAGGACGGGUAGCCGAGAGAAGAGGGCCAUACUCACCGUGCGUGCAUCCCCGGAUGCACCUCUCCAUGUUCGCGCCAGUGACGUCAGCAGCAGGACCUGUCGGGUCGCAUGGACUGCCGGGAGUGAUAACCACAGUCCUGUGACCAGGUACAUCGUCCAGGGGAGAACACAGACGGACCGGAGCUGGACAAGUCUGGAGUCAGGGUCAGCAGAGGUCAUUGCAGACGACAGAAUGCAGACGACCGUGUCAGAGCUGUUGCCAGGCAACGAUUACGAGUUCCGCGUGCUGGGCAUGAACGCCAUCGGGCUGGGGGAACCCAGUCUCCCCUCCCCGGUCUACAGCACACACGCAGACGCCCCUGUCGCCAAGGUUAGCGGAGUUGGAGGAGGCGGAGGAGACAUCGGAGACUUGGUGAUCAGAUGGAAAGCUUUGGCAGAGAAGUAUCGAGGCGGACCCGGGUUUGGCUACAAGGUGUUCUUCAAGAAACUCGGUUCGACAGACGACUUCACGGUGGUACAGCUGACCGACCCGAACAUGGACCACUACGUGCACAGCCCCGACCCUCCGCUAGGCGUGUUUGUGGCGCACGAGGCCAAGGUCCAGGCCUUCAACACGUACGGAACCGGUCCCAUGAGCGACAGGGCUGUGGUGUUCUCCGGAGAAGGACCACCGAAGCAGGUGAAAAACCUGAAGGCAGUUGACUCUACUGACAGCACCGUCAGCCUCCGCUGGGACGUCCCGGCACAUAACGGUCAGGUUAUCGGCUACCGGGUCCGGUACUUCCCGACUAACGAUGACGAGAAUGGCGCAAACUCGGCAGAGAGGAAAGAGUUGGACGUCGGACCGGAAACCGCUACCGUUGUCGGGAACCUGACGGCAGGACAAGCAUACACCUUCCAGGUGAAAGGCAGGACAGCCAGUGGUUACGGUCCUUACAGUGACUCAGUGGAGGCGAAGACUCGGGAGGCCGGCUUCGCGGCCCGGUCGUACGUCGGCGGUGUUCCCCUGGGCCUGUUUCUCUUCAUCAUUUUCUUCCUCCUGCUCCUCAUCCUGCUGUUCUUGCUGUGUUUCUGCUGUUGGUGGAGGGGGCUGUGCGAACACUGGUGGGGACUGUGCUGUGCCUGCUGUCUCUCCUGCUGUCCAUGCUGUGGCUCCUGCGCAGAGUUCUGCGGAUACGGCGGCAAGAAAAAGCACAAGAAGUAUUACAGCGAUGACUGGGAGCUGAAGGAAAUCGCCAUGCAGGAGUUCAAAUCGUCAGCGAUGUCUGAAGAACACAAGCUGGCCUUGAAGCGCCACCGUCCGACCAUCGUGGAACAUGUCAACCCGCACCUGAUGACAGACUAUCUACUGGACAGAGGCAUCAUCACAAGCCCUAUUGCAGGCGAGUUGAAGCGGUCGGAGUCACAGCCCGAAGCCGUGGAGAAGAUCCUGGACAUGCUGCCGUCCCGGGGAGACCCCGCGUUCUUCGCCUUCUGUGACGGGCUGAGGGACUCGUGCCAACUCGCCUGGCUGGCAGACCUUCUCGAGGGAGGAGGUACAAAGAACCCUAGCUUUGUCUACAAGAAGGACUCCAAGAACCCCUCCCUCUACUCCAAGAGCCCCUCCCUUCACUCCAAGAGCCCCUCCUACCACUCCAAGAGCCCCUCCCACCUCUCCACCAGCCCCUCCGUAGACUUCAAGAAGCCCCCUCUCCUCUCCAAGACCCCCGACUUCGUCUCCCUUCCAGAUGGUAUGUCAGAAAAGUACAAGAAGGAGCUGAUCCGGUACAGGUUCCACCUGCUGGAACACAUCAUCCCGGAGCGCAUGCUGUACCACCUCCUGCUGCGUAAGGCCAUCACCCGUACAGAGUUCGGGCUGGUGGAUCGGGAGAUGACCAAGAAGGGCGCCAACGAGCAGCUCCUGUACAUCCUGCCCACCAAGGACGACGACGCGUUCUUCGCUCUCUGUGAGGGACUGCGGAGGGACUGUGACGCCGCGUGGCUGGCCGAUCUUCUGGAGGGAAGAGAGCUUCAGUCCCACCAGAAGGAGCUACUGAUCACCCACAGACAGGCCCUGGUGGACAACAUGAACCCCAUCCCCAUCAUAGACUUCCUGGUGUCCAAGGACAUCCUCUCCAUCAACGUGGCGCAGGACAUCAAGAAGCUGAAGACGACCCGUGAGAUGAACGAGAAGCUGCUGGACAUCAUCCUGACGAUGAAGAGCGGCGCGUUCCUCAUGUUCAUCGUGGCGCUCAGGAUGCUGCCGGACUCCGGCUGGCUGGCUGACCUGCUGGAAGAGCCGACUGUCGACACAGCUAUGAGGAAGGACCGACGAGACAUGCUGCUGGCCUUCAGAUCCAUCAUCAUCAACAACGUCAAGGACACGGACAAGAUCAUUGAGUAUCUGCUCAAAAUGGAGGUCCUAACGCCAGCCCAGGUGGACGAUUUGAACAGCCUGCGCGCGGAGGAAGCGAGGUGCGGGAAGAUGCUGGACAUGCUGCCGCCACGCGGGGACGAGGCGUUCGAACAUUUCUGUGAAGCGCUCAGAACGAGAGUCCACCUGAACUGGCUGGCUGACACCCUGGAGGGAGACGGGAUGACCAGCGCGAAGAAGCUGCAGCUGAUCCGUCACCGUGCCGUCCUGGUGGAUAAGAUGUCCCCGGAGCCUGUCAUCACGUACCUGUCCCAGAGCCAGGUAGUCGGCAAGCCUCAGGUCUUCACCAAAGCCAUGGGUAACUACAUCAUCAACGCGCCCCUCCGUGAGGAGAGGAACGAGCGGAUCCUGGACCUUCUGCCGUCCCGGGACGACCUCGCCUUUGACGUGUUCUGUGAGGCUCUCAGAACGAUGGGCAAACAGGCUUACCUGGCCGACAUGCUGGAUGGUAAGCAGACGGCCGUCCAGAGUGCAGAGAUGAACGGAGUGGGGCUGCAGCUGGCCCAGCACCCCUUCAACCUGAUGUCCGGCACGUCCGUACGGGCACACAGGGGGCAACAGGUCAUCCUGGAGGUCAAGGGGGAAGCCAAGAACGUCCGAUGGCUGUACGAAGGAGAGAUGAUCCCACCGACCAAAGGGCUUCACAAGAAGUCUGACGGCUUCAAACACGAGAUGCGCAUCGACAGCAUGACGCCGGAGCUGGGCGGGACCUACACUUGCGAGGGCACGACGCCAGGGGGCGGUGUUGCGUGUGACAUCACCAUCAUCGUCAUGACGGAGGAGGAACUUCUGCUGUGAGAGACUGACUUACUGAAGCUGAGGUCACAUUUCCAAACCGGGGCCCGGCCGGACAGUCUUAUAAAAAGAAAACUAUGAUAUAAAAGACAACAA